CACAUAGCCAUAGGUAGAGAUGGAAAAGAUGAUCCAGCUAGCAAGAUUUAGGACCCUCAGUCUUCCUACACUCGCUCGGAUGCUGCUAGUACUCCUACCAGAAACAACUGUGCCAUGGCCGGCAUCAUCCACAAGAUCGAGGAGAAGCUCCACAUGGGCGGUGGCAGCGACGAGCACAAGAAGGCCGAGGAGCACAAGAAGGACGGCGAGCGCAAGGAGGGCAUGAUGGAGAAGAUCAAGGACAAGAUCAGCAGCAACGACCACGGCGACGGCAAGUCGUCCCGCGACCACAAGGAGAAGAGGGACAAGAAGCACGGCGAGGGCCACAAGGAUGACGGCGGUCAUAGCAGCAGCAGCGACAGCGGCUGAGCGUGCCCCGGCAGCGUGCAGUGCAGGCGAGAUGAAAGGCUUGGGUUGAUUUGGAGCGUGUGGCAGCAUAUGUAUGCAAUGCGUUACAUGUCAAAUGGAUCUUGUGAUGUAAUAACCAAACGGUUGCAUUGCAUUGCACGGUGUUUGUAAUAAUAACAUUAAGGAAUCAUGUUGGUAUUGAUGGUGCAUCUCCAUCGGUAAUUUGGUACCAUCUUAUUUUCCAAGCUUUUUGUGUAUGUAUAUGUCGUGUCUCUGUUCAUCUCUGGGUCUCUCGGCCAGAGCGUGAUUAACGUCUGGGAUUGUUUAGCAAUGGUUAUUGGUGUUCUGCUUUU